AUGAAUUAUUCCACCGCCAUCGCUAUUCUGCUGGCUGCCAUCGCUUCUGCCGGCAAUGUCGGCCGCCAGCAAGCUCGAUCGGAUCCUUGUUCUCGUCUGCACGAGGCAACCAAUGCCACCUUUACGCUGCUCAACACCUUCGACCCCACGGACAAGAAACGGGUGAAUGAGGACAUCGUUGCUAGCCUUCAAGCACUGGCUCAAGCAGCCAACGAUUGCAAUGCCUAUGUCGCCCUCCCUGGUACGAAAUUAAGUUCAAGCUCCGGCGCCAUCUUCAACGUGGUAGCUAGCUCUGCCGAGAAUAUCGAAAUGACCAGAAUGGAAGCGUUUCGGUUAGCUGAUGCGUGUGGAGUUACUCGCUACUACCUUUUCGCCGCUCGAGCUGCAUUACUGUCGCUCGGCAAGGCGAUACGCUAUAACCUUGUCAGUACAGGAACAAAUCAUGACUCUGCCGAGGAGGCUUGCCAGUCCAUGAGCGUUUCUACGAGGAAGUUGCUUGACACGCUAUACAGCAGUCAGAAGUGCCGUGAUCCUUUUAAACUCGUACCACUCUUAAACUUCGAUAGAAAGUUUGAGUAA